CAAACAUGAAGAACGUAACCCUAUCGGACUUCUGGGUGACGACGCAUGACAAGUUAAGUGAUUUCUACGCAUCGGCAUGGCAACGCGGAGAUUCAGCUGUACCACUACUAGUGGUGCGAUUAAUAUUGGCCUCUGUCGCCUUGGGUAUACUUAUUUGGUCACUGUGCGAGAGUCCCAGCUACUACUGGCUCCUAUACCUAACCAAUUGGGGUAUGGCUAUUCUGACAGCAGCACUAUUAUCAGGAUUAGCGGUUUCUAUUUGUGCAGUGAUAAAGAAACCUACAACUGAUGAAGCCACCAUACCAUGGUACAUGAGUUUAUACUGGUACCUGUUCAACGUAAGCAUGUCUUUGGCGCUUAUGAUUUCUGCACUCUACUGGCUCCUUCUCUUCGAUUUUAGUAUGAAGAAAGAGGUGAGUACGAGGUUUUUUCUACUGGAAGUAGCAACACAUGGCGUGAAUUCGUGUCUAGUCUUGGUGGAAGUACUUGCAACGCGGAUGCCGGUGCGUUUACUGCAUAUGUACCAGCCGCUUGGCGUGGGUCUCUGGUACCCUAUCUUCAGCAUCAUCUACUACUGUGCCGGGGGUACAGACAUAAAUGGUUUCCCCUUCAUCUAUCCCAUUUUGGACUGGCAGCAUCCGAAACGAUCGUCCAUAGUGGUGGUACUUGCUGUCAUUGUAAUGAUGGCCAUUUACCUGGUGCUCGCGGGAAUAGCUUUCAUCCGGAACAAGAUCACCGAAGCAAUAUUCCACGCCACUACUGUCAAGACCUCGCAAUCUAAUGACUAUAUUAUAGCUUAAUAAGUAUAAACUUGCCUUUUUCAUAUCUUUAUGGUUACUUCAACUGCAUUUCUCGCUGCCGAAGUUCUUACGUUGUAGCUGCUGUUCAUUUGUAAACGCGCUAGCAAGGUGUAAUCAGAUGAGGAUGUGUAAGCAGUGUUAAAUUAGACGUAACUUUAGGUGCAAACUUGAGACUGAAUUUUUUGUAAUGGUACAGGGUCAAGACCACGUCAAGCUUGACACUUAAGAUUUAAAUCCAACUCUAUGCCGCUUUCAAUAAGAACGGUCCAAAGUAAAAAGAGUCAAGCUUGCCGUGCUCUUGACUGUACUACAAGGAUCUUUAGAGUUUGAUAUAUUACACAUAUAUGUAUAUCAGUGAAAACUACUGUUUUUUAUGGCGAUUUACACCAAAAGUAACACAUUCUUUCGAUCAGAUACAAACUACAUUAUAAAGCUGUUCGAAAGGAGGUUUGUAUAUUUUUUUAACAUCU